GCUGAAACGGCACGUGGAAAGCGCGAAACAAACUACCGCCGGCCCCUCCGCGGACGCCGCCAUGUUGCAAGGCUUUCAACCGGCCUCGUUCGGGUCUGUGGGAGUGUCCAAGCCUCAUGCAAAUGCAGGGAAUCGCAUCACGUACUUGAACAGCGCCACGUUGAACCGAUCCCAGCACUUUCGAGGCAACCGCAUCCACACCGCCAAGUACACCCUCCUCACAUUCGUCCCCAAAAACUUGUUUGAACAGUUCCGCCGUGUUGCGAAUAUCUACUUCCUCGUCCUCAGCGUGCUCACGUCGAUGCCAUUCUCGCCGAAGAACCCCGUGUCGCUAAUUGGGACGUUCAUGGCGGUCCUCAUGUUCUCCGCUGCAAAAGAAGCAUACGAAGACUACAUGCGGCACCUCUCGGACGCCGACAUCAACACACGCAGCGUCGAUGUCGUCGACGUCUCGUUGUGCUCUUCUGCGACGCCGCCACCACCGCAGAUGUCCCCGUCGAACCUCGACAGUCCGUCGCCGUCCCUCACGCUCCCGCUGCUCCAGUUCCCUCUCAAAACCCUCCAAUGGCAUCAACUUGAGGUUGGAGACCUCGUGCUGCUUCGCAAAAACGACGAAGUGCCAGCCGACUGCCUCCUCCUCGCCACGUCCGACACCGACAGCGGCGUCUGCUCCAUCGACUCGGCCAACUUGGAUGGCGAAAGUUCGUUGAAGACAUUGUACGCCGUCCACGGUGGGCUUCCCCUUGACGCGAUCCCGUCCCUUCGCGGCCGCGUCGAGCACGAGUCCCCAAGUCCGUCCCUCGCGUCCUUCCGCGGCACGUUGCACGUUGGCACCGCGGCUCCCGUGCUCCUCACAUUGAACCAACUUCUUCUUCGUGGAUGCAGCAUCCGCCACACCAAGUGGGCGGUCGGCGUCGUCCUGUAUGCCGGCCAUGACACCAAGUCGUUUCUGAACGGAAGCGCGCCGCCGUACAAGAGCAGUACCGUCAUGCACACCAUGAACCGGUGCCUCUACUUUGUCUUUUUCGUCCAAGGGCUGCUCUGCACGAUCAAUGCGAUCGCCAUGCUCACGUGGUCGCAUGCGUCCCGAACGCCGUACCUGUCGACAUUCAACGAUACAACCACGUCGAUCGUGUCGCCGAACGGCGGCCAAGGCUACCUCACGUUCCUCGUUGCGUAUUCCAACUUGAUUCCGAUUUCGCUGUACGUCGGGAUCGAAGUCGUCAAGUUGAUUCAAAAGUACUUGAUCGAGCACGACGCUGACAUGGCGGUCUGCGUGGUUGCACCGAAGACUGCCAUGACGCCGUCCAUGUCGAUGCUCGACCCGGUCCCGGGAAUAUCCACGUCGGCGGCUCCUACCGCGGCGCCAAUGCUCACGUCGUUUGCAAAGUGCCGCACGUCCAACCUCGUCGAAGAACUUGGCCAAGUUGAGCUCGUCUUUACCGACAAAACGGGCACCCUCACGUGCAACGAAAUGGUGUUUUCGGCGUGCGCGAUCGUCGGCAUGCCGCGCGCGUUCGCGUUCGACUCGCUUCCGAUCAAGGCGUCCAGUGUAUCCACGGCGUCGGCUGCGCCGCCGCCAACGUCCGCAUGCGGGUCACAUCGCCUCCAUCUCCCCAACCUCCUGAUUCCUCGGCUCUCGGCCAGUGCGGGCCCGCGUGCGCUAGGCAGCACCAACAACUGCGCGAGCGAAAGCACGAUCGUGGAUGUGCAGUUGACGUCGCCAAAGAAGCAGUUUCCACUGGAAGGAUCGGACGCGUGGACGAGUCUGUACGACUCGAGGCACCCCAACCGCACGCGCCAAAUGGACUUUUGGCUCUGCCUGGCGCUGUGCCACUCGGUCGCGCCCGAACUCGACGAAGACGACCCGACCAACGUCAUGGCGAUUCGAUACCAAGCGUCGAGUCCCGACGAAGGGGCCAUGGUCGCGGCCGCACGCCAAAUGGGGUACGCUCCAUCGAGGUGGUGGUCCGAGUUGCGUUUUGUGUGCGUUGUCGGCAAGAAGGAGCUCGACUUUUGUCGUCCAUGUGCGGCCAUGUUGUCACAACGUUCCAUUAGGAUCGUGUUCAAAUGCAGAAGCGCAGCGUCCGUGACGGUGUGGAACCGCGCGACGCACGCCGAAGAAACGUACCGCGUGUUGAACGUGCUCGAGUUUCACAGCGCACGGCGGCGCAUGUCGAUUGUGGUGCGGGCGCCAGACGGACGCCUUCGGCUGUUUGUCAAGGGCGCCGACGCGGCCAUUCUCAAACGGCUCGCCACCUCUGCGCAGCCUCCGUCCAACGAUGACGACGACGACGACGGCGGCGGCGGCGGCGGCGAGACCACCACCAGCGCCAACGACCCGGCGUCCCCGCACCACGUCGCAUGGAUCACGCAGCACCUCACUGAAUACUCGGAGAAAGGCCUCCGGACGCUGUGUGUCGCCGUGCGCAACCUGGACCAGGCCACCUACGAUGCAUGGAGCACGACGUAUCAAGCCGCCAACAUGAUUCACGACCCGGACCUUCGCGAGUCGCAUGUGGCGUCGGCGAGAAAUGCCAUCGAACGCGACCUCCACCUGCUGGGCAUGACCGCAAUCGAGGACCGACUGCAAGACGGCGUCCCGGACACGAUCGAGCAGCUCCUGGCCGCCGGCAUCCGCGUCUGGGUGCUCACGGGCGACAAGGAAGAGACUGCAAUCAACGUCGGCCACGCGUGCAACGUGCUGCGUCCGACGUCGCGCGUCCACCGGUUGAGCAAGUACAAAUCGGAGAGCGACAUGUACGAAUUCUUGGCGGAACUGGUCGACGGGAUGACGUGCACCAAUGCGCCGCGUCCGACAUCCCGACCGCCGCCACCCGUGGCGACCAUCUCGGCCAAGAUGACGCAAGACGUGAUGGUUCUCGACGGCGACGCGUUGGCGCUGGCGAUGCUGCCGUCGACUCGGCAAGUCUUUAUCGGGGCGGCCAUGCGCUGUCGAGCAUGCAUCUGCUGCCGCGUGUCGCCAAAGCAGAAAGCGCAAGUCGUCCAACUCGCGCGCGACCACGUGUCCGUCGUCACGUUGGCGAUCGGGGACGGCGCAAACGACGUGAGCAUGAUUCAAGCCGCGCAUUUGGGCAUUGGCAUCUGCGGGCAUGAAGGCACGCAGGCGGUUCGGGCGUCCGACUACUCGAUUGCGCAGUUUCGAUUCCUCCGCAAGCUUCUGUUUGUCCAUGGGGCGUGGGCCUACCAUCGCGUGUGCAAGUUUAUCUUGUUUUACUUUUACAAAAACAUGCUGGUCGUGUUCACCGAGUACUGGUUUGCGUGGUCGAGUGGGUUCUCGGGCCAGAUCUACUUUCCCGACAUGCUCUCGCUCGCGUACAACGCGCUCUUUACGUCGUACCCGUGCGUCGCCGGGUUUUCGCUGGACCAGGUGCGCUCCAUCGACCAUUGACGACUUGAUGGGUCAUGUGUAGCAUGUCGCGAUGCCGGCCAUGCUCAAGCUCCCCAAGCUCUACCAACUCGGCCAGCUGCGCCAGAGUUACAACGAAUCCGUCUUUGUGCUCCACGUCGUGCUCGCGAUGUACCAUGCCGCGCUGUGCUACUUUAUCCCGCAGUGUCUGUUGGCCCACGACGUCGUGGUUGGCCAGUGGGCCGUCAGCAUUGCGUCCUUUGCAUGUGUCAUUGUGGUCGUCACGAUUCGCAUGCUGACACAAGUGCAGUGCUUCACCCGCGUGGUGGUGUGGGUGACGGGUUUCAGCAUCGUUGUCGACUUUGGCGCGAUGCUCGUCCUGUCGACGCCGACCAUGGCCCGCGUCUUGCAGCCCCAGGCCCAUUCGGUCAUGUUUGUGCUCGUCAUGGAACCUCGGUUCUACCUCGCGCUCGUCCUGACGUCGACUGUGAGUUUUCUCACCGACUUGGCUGCCCAUUACAUCCAGCGGCAGUGUGCCCCGACCCCACAAGACAUUGCGAACGAGCUCCACUUCGAUCCGUCGCUGGCGAAACCUGGCUUGGCCACUUCCUCGGGGCUCCACAACAUCAUUCAACCCAUGCAGUAGUCGCCAAAGCGCACGUGAACCUGGGAACGCAUGAAAAAGGUAUGUUGCGCAUGGACGGUGCCAAGUUGCCGAAACGGAGCCAACGCAGGUCGCUCGGUGCUUCAAACGCACGCGCUGCGCGUCCACGAUUGUUUUAAGUGCUGUCGAGGUCGAGCCACAGUGGUGGACACUCGCAUGGAUGACGUGCCUCGAUACCGCGCACCUUUGGAACACACGUCGAAUUGAACAAAGUGCCUUAACAUGGUCCUAUACAUAUGAAAACUAUGGGCGUCGACGCGUGCUUCAUGACGAGGCGGCUGUCGGAUGGGCGGGGGUAUACGUUUCGAUCGACUUGCCGGCGGCGCGCUCGGCUUCCUUUUGGGUGUAUUGUUCCUGCGCUACGUCCUUCAUGCGGCGUUUGUGAACCUUGGAUGCAAUGUGGACGUCGCGGGCGUUGGCUGUGAUAAAGUGGCGGCCGCACGGGGUGCAGUAGUAUUGGCCGAGACCAGGCAGGUCUUCGUCCAAUUCAAACGUCAUCUUCACGCCCGUUUCUUCCUCCUUCUUCAGGUCAUCCUGGAUCUGAUCGAUGUCGCGCGAUCGGCUUUUGGUCGCAUGCGCGCGCUUGUAUCCCUUCUUCUUGCAGUGCGCUCCCUUCUUCCGCGUCGUCGGCCCUGCCAUCGCCGCUGUCUUGUUGGUUCUGGCCGUCGCCGCGGGUCAAC